GACGGCGACGCCGCGUGGGGCCGCCCCGAGGCCGCCCUGGGCCCGCGCACACCCCGCCCGAGGGGGCCCCGCCGCGGGGGCGGGCUAGGCCCGGCGGGGCGGGUCCGGCAGGCUGGUGGCAGCCCUCGCUCGGCGGCGGGCGCGCGGAGGGGACAGCGCCAGCAGCCAUGGCCGAUAAAGAAGCGGGGAUCGCGCCCAGGGCCCGCCGGGGGCCGAACGGCCACGACGAUAACUCUGAUACUGGUCUUGGUUUGUGUGGAUGGAUCCUCGUGAUUGUUUCACUUUUUUUCACUGUUAUUACGUUUCCUGUAUCAAUCUGGAUGUGCAUAAAGAUUAUAAAGGAAUAUGAGCGAGCCAUCAUCUUCAGACUUGGACGCAUCUUAAAAGGAGGAGCAAAGGGACCAGGUUUGUUCUUUGUCCUGCCCUGCACCGACAGCUUCAUCAAAGUGGAUAUGAGGACCAUCUCUUUUGAUAUUCCACCCCAAGAGAUCUUGACCAAGGACUCUGUGACAGUUAAUGUAGAUGGAGUGGUUUAUUACAGAGUCCAGAAUGCCACCCUUGCUGUAGCAAACAUAACAAACGCUGAUUCCGCCACUCGCCUACUAGCACAGACUACUCUGAGGAACGUUCUGGGGACCAAAAACCUUUCUCAGAUUCUCUCCGAUCGUGAAGAAAUUGCACACAGCAUGCAGGCCACGCUUGAUGAGGCAACAGAUGACUGGGGCAUUAAGGUGGAACGUGUGGAGAUCAAGGAUGUGAAAUUACCUGUCCAGCUGCAGAGAGCAAUGGCUGCAGAAGCAGAAGCUGCCCGGGAGGCAAGAGCUAAGGUAAUUGCAGCUGAGGGUGAAAUGAAUGCUUCCAGGGCCCUGAAAGAGGCAUCCAUGGUUAUUACAGAGUCGCCUGCUGCUCUUCAGCUUCGUUAUUUGCAGACCUUGACCACCAUUGCUGCAGAAAAGAACUCCACCAUCGUCUUUCCAUUGCCCAUAGAUAUGCUGCAGGGCAUUAUAGGUGUAAAUCGCUAGCUACGUUGGAAAGAAGUUUGUUCCCCCCUGCGGCAGAGAAUGUCUGCGAAACUGAAUUGUCUGUGCAUUAACGCUUAAGGCAUUGUUAGCGUAAAUGGAUUUUCUGAGAUACCUUUUUUGUUCUAUUGAGUGUACGAUGAGGAAACUUGUAUCUAAUGUUUGUUAAUAUGGACAAGCAAAAUAUUUAAAAUUCAAAAUCUAUUGGAAUUAAUACAAGCAGAUUGUGAUCGUAAUGUGUUCAUGCUGUCCUGGAUGACAAACCUAUAAUCUGUAACCUCCUAUUCUCAAAUACUAUAUACAACCACUUGGGUGGAGGAUGAGGAGAUGAUCCAACAUUUGGGAAGAGGUUACUUUCAAAAGCCAUGCAUACUUCGAGAGAAGUAUUUCUUUUAAUAAAAGGACCUGUGGCCCUCUAAGGGAAGGGGAACAGCCCCAAAUAUGUUCUCUUUGAUUGCAGCUAUAUGAGAUGGAGUCUUCUGAUCCUUGUCAUACGGAUUGGUCCUUUUAGCUCACAUUACAAAAAAUAACAAAAGUUGAUGGAGGAGUGGGUACUAGCUACUUCUGAAAAUCGGGCUCACAGCUUCCUAAAAUGGUUUCCCAUUUACAAGAAAUAGUUGUUAGCCAAAGUUACCGAAAUGUAACUUUUCACCUCUGUUCUGAAGCACAGGGAUGGCAUGGGCACGCUGUAGUUAUGGAUACAAUAUGCUUGUAGUCACUGAUGUGCUAUCCUGUUGUCAUGGUGGUUUGUCCAUAUAGAUUUGUGCCUCUUUAAAGCACUGAAAAAUCUCUGGGUAUGCCUUUACUUGUACAUCUGUUCUUCUAAAAACAUUUUUCUAAAAAAGAGAAAAAGGGACCAGAGUAAUGACUCUUGUAAAUAGGUUUCCUUUCUUAAUUUUACUCAUGCUGGAAAGACUACAGUUGAAGUUCUCUAUCAGAGUCUAAAAACUGGCAAAUAAGAAAUACCUGAAAUUAGUUGGAGGGGUGGUUAACAGAAGAUGUGGUACUGUUUAUUAUCUAUUCGAACAGACUGGUAAUUAUUUACCUGUUGAUGCUGCUGCUCAGCAGACCUGCAUUAUUGGUUGUGAUGCUAGGGAUUUAUACUUCGGUUUUACCAAAGACAGAUAAUUUUUCACUUUCCGUAGUCUUAAUGUGCAUAUUUGUUAAACUGUUGUCAUACUUUGCAUCUGUUUAACAGACAAAAUUACAGAUUAAAGUGAGAUAAGAAUCAGAGUCCACAUUGAGGGAAGGCUACCAGCAUUGAGUGGGAGAUGAGAAUGAAAACAAAAAAACAAGAUAGGUGAUUAAGUGUCCUUCUUUUCACACUGGCCACCAUAAAGUUUGUAUCUUGUUUUUAAUCACCUUUCUGCCCUGAUCAGUUCUGUAUUUACAGCUGUUAUUUUUGGUAACCACAAGGUCUGUUUAAAUGUAUCUUGAUUAAAAGCAGCAAACUGACCCCAGAUUUAGAAAAGAGAUGCCUGAACACUGUAAGAGCUUGAGCUGAUUGUUGCUGCUUCUUGUUUGCCUGUGUGCUGUGAAUUGAUUUUAUUUUCUUCUGCAUCAUAAAAGCAAUACACUAA